GGUGGAGGUAAUAUAACACAAAUACAACAAGUAGUAAAACUAUUUAACUUCCCAGUGGUUUUAAUGUUUCAAUUUUGGCUACCUCAACGUAAACUGUACCAGUCUUUAUUUAAUCAACAUUUUCCAGUAUUGUAAUAGUAUGGGAAACGCUCUGAAAAAAGGAAAUUAUUCUUAUGAAUUGGAUCAAUAUUCCAAAGUUCCUUUAACAUCUCUGAGUGAUGACUCUGAUGAUGAGGAUGUAAUUUAUGGACAUAAAGUGGACAAUGGGAAAAUAGAACUUCAACUGAUUCCUCCACAAAAUGGGAAACCACCCAAACACCAACCAAAAGUUAUACAGCCAGAUCCUAAAAACUGGACUGUAUUUUGUUGGGUGACUUGUAUAUUGAUAACAUGUAUAGUAAUAGCAGCAGUUGGAGCACUUAAAUUAUCAGCUUAUAAUAAUACUGACCAUCAAAAUGUUAAUUCAACUGGAAUCUUGAACAACCAUACAAACAAUGUGAUAUCUCCUCAGCAAUCUAAACCUAGCAUAAUAUCUGUGAUUAAACCACCAAUAAAAGGAAAUAUAAAACAUCCAAAUGGCAAAGAUUGGAAGAAAAAAAUGGAAAAUUAUGGGUCUGAAUCCUGUGUUAGACUUAUAGACGUUGAUAAUGAUGGUGUGUUAGACAUUAUAUUUGGUGCAUCACUAUCAGAGAAUAUUGGCGAAGGUUUACAAAAACUACAUACAUCUGCUGAGGAAAUUUGUAAAAUGAAACAUAUGUCUUACCCCUGCCUAGGACAUUUGUUUGCUAUAAGAGGUACUGACGGUGAAGUUUUAUGGAAAACAUUUACUAAAUCAGCAGUUAUAUUUAUAAAUUGUGAAGAUUUUGAUGUGAACAAGGAUGGGCAGAAAGACUGCAUAGUUACUGGAAGGCGGGCAACUCUUCAGGCAGUAAACCCAAAGAAUGGGAAAAUAUUAUGGCUUGGUGAUAAUAAUUUGAUAAAACCAACAUGGAAUACUUACCAAGUACUGGCUUUACCUGACUUUGAUCAGGACGGGGUACCAGAAGUAUUGGUUACCAAUGGAGGGGACCCAGAUAAAGAUCCAGAGGAACAUAAUCGUCAUUCCGGCCGACUCCUUGUUCUGUCUGGUGCUACUGGGAAAGUUUUUGGCAUCAGGUAUUUAGCUGCACCAAAUAAAAAAGAGAUCUACAUGUCACCAGUUAUGUAUACAACUACUAAAGAUGGCUCCCAGUAUAUUUUAUUUGGCACUGGUGGAGAAACUAUACCAGGAGAUCUUCUUAUGAUAUCUGUACCAGAUUUGUACCAUUAUGUAACAGAUACAGACCAUAAUUCUGUAGUACCAGGAAUAAACGGAGAAAGUAGUUAUGACUAUUGGCAGAGUCGUAUAAAAGAUGAUGUCACUGGAUUAAUCACAGUUGUUAGAGGUAAAAACAAAGGAUACAUGGUCCCUCCUGUCAUUGCAGAUGUGAACAAAGAUGGUGUAGAUGAUAUUUUAGCAUCAGGUUAUGAUGGUACAAUAACUCUCAUUGAUGGACAAGAUCUCACUGUGAUGUGGUCAGCUCACUUUCCUGGGAUGGAGUCUUAUACAUCACCUUCCCCUGGAUAUUUUAAUGAUGAUGAAACGUUAGAUUUUAUAGUUCAUUGGAGCGUAGGUGCUUGGCCUCAGUACACACUUACACAGAAUUAUAUUAUAGAUGGCAGAGAUGGAUCUAGACUACUUACUAUGAACAGUUCACAAUACCAGAUGUCUUCUGACCUCACUCUACAUACAACACAGAACAACAGAGAUUUGUUUAUCUUCAAAGUACGAGGUAGAGGGAGCCACAUAACCAUGGACAGGGAAAGUGGUUUACAUGGUUUGGAUAGAAUAGAUAAGGGACCACCUCCAGCUCAUAUCCUGGAUGCACACCCUAAGUCAGGAAGUAAUGUUCUUGGUAAUGGGGACCAUGGUCCAAUAGGAAAUCCUCCUAAAGAUCGACCAGGGAGAACCAAAAGACAUGGACCUGAAGAACAACAACACAGAGCCCAAGAAGAACACCACUAUUUAAAUGAAAAAGCGUUGAAAUUAGUAUUCAGUGAUUACAGCAGUCGACACUUCCUUUGUUCUGAUGAUGUGGAUAUCAAGAGUGAAAUCUUACUGAUAGACAGAACAACAAUAAACAAUCCUUAUAGGAUUAUAGAAACAGGAACAGAAAACUAUAAUUACUCUGUACCAAGACAUGCUAAUGAAACAGAUACAGCUAAUAUAACUAUGUGUAUAGUAAUCCUGCCAGAUGACAGAACUACAGCUGCCGUAGGAGAUGUGGAUGGGGAUGGUUUACUUGACAUCGUAUCUUUGGUUGGUAUGAGUGGAGAAACAGUGGAUAGUGGCUACAGUUAUAGAAGUUCUGUGUACUGGACAUAUGUUAAAAAGGUCACCUUGAGUAACAUCAUUGCAGACAAGAGUCACAGGGUUCCAGCAACAAUUAGGUCUACUGUUACCCCUAACCCACAAGAUAAAGAUAUGGCUGAUAUUGAUAUUUUACCACUCAGUCAACAAAAGUGGACCCAGUACAUGGGGUCAAAGGGCAAUAGUUAUUAUGGGAGGAGUUAAAUGAGGAAAGAUACAUUUCAGCUUAAAUAAUUUAGUAAAAUUCUGCCAAGUAAUUUUCUGUUUUUGUAUAUAUAAUAUGAAUUAUGCAAUUGGAUGUUGAAUUUAAAAAAAAAAAAGGAAAGAUUAAAUGUCAAAGAUUUAUAGAUUAUAAUUUUGGUAAAGUAAUGAUUAUAGUACUGUAUGAUUAUUUACAUAUAAGUGUUAUCUUCUAUCAGCAAAAUGUUCAGAUUUUGGCAAUUAAUCAAAAGAAAAAAAACCUGGUUGUAUUGUAAGGAUAACAUGUCAGGAAGAAAAAUGUUAUAUUGCUUCAUCUCAGUUUCACAUUUAAGCGUUCAAGUAAUAGAAUUAAAUCUUAUAAACACCUCAUCAUAACGCUAUUUGAAACUAAACAUGACAGGUAAACGAUAUUUAUCUGCAAUAUGUGUAGCGUUAGGUUCAUUUUAGAAUCAGAUAUUACAGAGAAAUAGUAAACAGGGAAAAUAAAAAUAUAUAUGCAAAUAUAAUUAUGGAUCUAAAAGAAUAUUUAUCUGAUCAUGAUUCAAGUGAUGAUAUGAUUGGUUUUAACAUGUUUUAAAAAAACAUUUUAUUUAUUUAUUUAUGUUUUGUUUUGAUUAUUUCUGUUUUAUGUGGGAAUUUUAUUGUUUUCUUUGUGUAGUAUAGUAAUUUAACUUGUUUAUUUUUUAUGUAUAUUUAUUUAUAUUUCUAUAUUAUAAGCUUCACUUAUAACCCUUGAAAUCCAAAUCUCUCUGUUUAAAACAUUGAGUUCUAUUUACACCAUUGUUGAAUGUUAAUGAAGUGGGAUGAGAUCUGUUGUUGGUUUUUUUUUUAUAUAUAUAUGCAUAUUAUUUACUUUUAUAAAGUUAUAUCUUUUAUAUUAUCAUGGUAAAUAAUUAAUCAUAAACAGAUCUGUUGAACUGUUGUGGUAGUAUUCUUUAGAAGAUUUUUACCUUUUCAUUCAAAUGACCGUCCAUUCAUUACCAAAUUAGUCCCUACAAAGUAGCCAUUCUCAUUUUCCAGACGUUCUGUCUCUGUUUUUCAACUUCUUACUUACAUGUAUGAAAUCUUAACUGUAUUUAGAUGAAAAUCUUCUCCUCUGAAACUACUGGGCCAAAUACUUCCAAACUUCAUCUGAAUGUUCCUUAGGGUAUCUAGUUUAUAAAUUGUAUCCGAGGCUUUGAUUUAUCAACAAACAUGGUCGCCAUUGCUAAAAAUAGAACAUAGGAGUCAAAUGCAGAUUUUGACUUAUAACUCAAAAACCAAAGCAUUUAGAGCAAAUCUGACAUGGGGUAAUAUUGUUUAUCAGGUCAAGAUCUAUCUGCCCUGAAAUUUUCAGAUGAAUCAGACAGACCGUUGUUGGGUUGCUGCCCCUGAAUUGGUAAUUUUAAGGAAAUUUUGAUGUUUUUGGUUAUUAUCUUGAAUAUUAUUAUAGAUAGAGAUAAACUGUAAACAGCAAUAAUGUUCAGCAAAGUAAGAUUUACAAAUAAGUCAACAGGACCGAAAUGGUCAGUUGACCCCUUUAGGAGUUAUUGCCCUUUAUAGUCAAUUUUUAACCAUUUUUCGUAAAUCUUAGUUAUCUUUUACAAAAAUCUUCUCCUCUGAAACUACUGGGCCAAAUACUUCCAAACUUAACUGAAUGUUCCUUAGGGUAUCUAGUUUAUAAAUUGUAUCUGAAGUUUUGAUCUAUCAACAAACAUGGUCGCCAUUACUAAAAAUAGAACAUAGGGGUCAAAUGCAGUUUUUGGCUUAUAACUCAAAAACCAAAGCGUUUAGAGCAAAUCUGACAUGGGGUUAUAUUGUUAAUCAGGUCAAGAUCUAUCUGCCCUGAAAUUUUCAGAUGAAUCAGACAACCUGUUGUUGGGUUGCUGCCCCUGAAUUGAUAAUUUUAAGGAAAUUUUGCUGUUUUUGGAUAUUAUCUUGAAUAUUAUUAUAGAUAGAGAUAUACUGUAAAUAGCAAUAAUGUUCAGCAGCAAAGUAAGAUUUACAAAUAAGUCAACAUGACCGAAAUGGUCAGUUGACCCCUUUAGGAGUUAUUGCCCUUUAUAGUCAAUUUUUAACCAUUUUUCGUAAAUCUUAGUUAUCUUUUACAAAAAUCUUCUCCUCUGAAACUACUGGGCCAAAUACUUCCAAACUUUAACUGAAUGUUCCUUAGGGUAUUUAGUUUAUAAAUUGUAUCUGAAGUUUUGAUUUAUCAACAAACAUGGUCGCCAUUGCUAAAAAUAGAACAUAGGAGUCAAAUGCAGUUUUUGACUUAUAGCUCAAAAACCAAAGCAUUUAGAGCAUAUCUGACAUGGGGUAAUAUUGUUUAUCAGGUCAAGAUUUAUCUGCCCUGAAAUUUUCAGAUGAAUCAGACAACCUGUUGUUGGGUUACUGCCCCUGAAUUGAUAAUCUUAAGGAAAUUUUGCUGUUUUUGGUUAUUAUCUUGAAUAUUAUUAUAGAUAGAGAUAAACUGUAAAUUGAGCAAUAAUGUUCAGCAAAGUAAGAUCUACAAAUAAGUCUAUCUGACCAAAGUUGUCAAUUGACCCCUUAAGGAGUUAUUGCCCUUUAAAGUCUUUUUUCACAAUUUGUUUAUCAUGUUGACUUACUUUAAAAAAUCUUCUCCUUUGAAACUGCUGUAUCAAUUUCAGCCAAACUUAGGUAAAUGAAUUUCAUAGUAUCUAGUAUAAAUUUUAUAUUUUAUUUCCUUGUAUGUCAAGAAACAUAGCUUCUAUGGCUAAAAUAGAACAUAGGAGAAAAUGAUUUUUUUUUUUGCUUUUGAAGAAAAUAGGUUGAUCCAAAAACAUUUAAAUAAAUUGAAAAGCCAAAAUAAUCAUUGAUGAGAGAUUUAACCAAAAGAAUUAAGGUGAGCGAUUCAGGCUCUUGAGAGCCUCUUGUUUUUGAAGCAAUCUUUAAUUUUCAUAUUUGGUAAUAAAUAAUAAAACUUACUAAAAUGAGUAGUAUUUUGAACCCAAGAAUAUUAGUCAUUUGUACACAAAAAGGAAUAAUAAGUUAUAAAAUUAGUGUCUUCGGUUUUGAUAGCCAGUUAGAAGAUGUUAUUUAUAAGAGUAGCCACAAAAUGGGUGGCUAACAAACAAUGGUAAAUAUUUGAAAAUUCAUAAAACAAGUUAAUUUCAUGGGAUAGUAUUAUUAAAUAUUCAUAAAAUGAAACCAUUUAUUAAAGGUAAUGCAUUUUAUCAUGUAAAUAAAAAAAAAAUAACAUUCCACAAUUUAUUCAAAGGAAACAAUUUUUAUAUGAUUCACAUUUGUAAAUAUGUAUUUGUAUUGCAUUAUAAUUUCUAUAUGUGAUUAUUUUUAUUGUCUAUGCAGAUUUGAGGUUGAUUCCUUUUUAGUUUACUUCACUCUUGGUCCAAACCAUGAGGAACAGUGAUACUGAAUAAUCUGUACUAUACUUUUGUAUUAAAGCUUUAUAAUUAUAAAGUUCUCAGUAUUGAUUUUAAAAUAUUUAUGCUUUGAUUUUGAAUCAUAUGUACAUUUUGUAUAUGUAAAUGUGUAGUGAUUUGCAUUUUGCUAAUUUCUAUUUUAUUGAUCUUCUAUGCAAGAAACUAACUGUGAUAAUUAUUGUGUUACAAAAUUGGAGAAACCAAUUUAAAUUCAGUUUAAAAACUGUUUUGAAUUAUAAGAUAUAGUUGUUUUGAAUUAUAAGAUAUAGUUCAGCUAGAUAGUUAAAGAUAUUUCCUCAAUCAUAGUUGCAGAACUUACAAGCUAUGAUUGUUAAACGAUAAAAGCAAUUAAAACGUUUAGAGGCAGUUUUUGAUAUGCCAAUUCAUGCCAUGACAUGAUUAGCAACUACUUUCUCAAGUACAACGAAUAACUAAUAUGGGGGACCCAUACUAUCAGUGAGACAGCAACCAAACUACAUAUCAGAACCAAAGAAAAAGACAGUGUGAGAAGUACUUUUACUCUCAUUUUCAAACCUUCUUGUUUUUGCAUUAACCAUCCAUCUGGCCUUGCAGUCAUAAAACUUUCGAGCAUGAUUUUUUGUACUCAGACUCAAGAAUCAACCAAUCAAAAUACAGGAUUUCAUGUUUCAAGCAUGAUUUUUGUACUCCAAGCACUGAGCAAAGUUUUAUGACUUCAACCCAAGAUAGUCAUCAAAAAUAAUCUCUCAUUAUAUUGACUUUAAACACAUUCCAUUAUAUUGAAAUUUCCUGAUUUUUUUAGCAAAAUAUAUCUGUUAAUACAUACUUCAUGCCAACCUUUUUCAUUAACUUCUAGGAAAGAGCAAUUACUCAAACUAAAAAGUUUACUUUAUUACUUUUGGUUUAUUAUAAAAUUUUAUCUAAACUUAUGUUUUAGGUAGAAUGUUUGAAAGUCCAUAUGUGAAAAUAUUUGGUCUACAAAAAGAUACUGUAAACCAACUACUUUCAUGACUUGUGUGAUGUUUCAAUAUAUCAAGCUUUGACCUUCUCUGGAAGUUUACACUAAAAGUGUUAAACAAAAAUUGUGAAAUUUGCUACAAAAAGCUAAAUGCCAAGAAGGAAGGUAUGAAAAUAUGUUUGCUUAUAGAGAUAAAUAGACAUUGUUAUAUUGUACCUUCAAAUUUCAAACAAGUGUACUGUAGCAUAAAAAACCUUUCAACUUUAGGGAAACACUCUUUAAUGAUUUAGUAUAAUUUUUUGAGAUAAAACAUACAUAUCAUGUUAACCUGUUUCAUUUCUUUAAUUUAUUGACUAUUUCAUUAAAGUUUUUUUUUAAUUCUUGAGAUAUCUUCAGAUAUAUGACAAUUUACUUUGACAUACUAAAGGGGGAUAAUUAUCUUAUAUUUUAUGAAAUAUUAACCUGUACAAAUAAUAAAAUAAGCAUAAUAAUGAUACUGGUUUUAGAUAUUUGAAAGUCUAUAAAGAAAAAUUGUGAACUGAUUUUUUUGUAAUCUUUCAUUACUUUUAAGCAUAAUAAUGAUACUGAUAUUUAUUAUUCAGAUAAUUUUAUGUGAUAAUUUUAAUGAGAAUUUGUGUAUUGCUUUUAAUGCGAAAUGUUGCGUAGCUUUAUAUAUUGAAUCAAACAUGAUUGUUUAGUGUUAUAUAUGUUUAUUUUAUAAUAUCUAUGUCAAGAACAUAAGUCUUCUCUAAGUUUGACAUACCUUACAUAGAUUACAGUGCAUGUUUCUUGACUGCAGAUGUUAAAAAUUGAAAUAUAUUGUAUUUCAUGUAUAUGUACCAAGUUGUACUUUACAAUUAAAAUAUCUAUCUAAAGGUUAAGUACUUUUUGGUAGCUUUUACAUGACAAAAUGUGAUAUAUUUUAGAAAAAUGAAAAGUCAACAAGAAAAAGAGUAAAAUUUAAUUAAUAAAAGCAGAUUUAUGCUUAAAAUUCCUGUAAAAGUAAAAUGUUGAAAAUUUAGAUUUUUGUUUUUAUAUAUUUUUGUAAAUGAAGUUAAAAUUUUCAUUACUUCAUUUUUUCUGUGUGUGAAUUUGAACCUUUACUUGUAAACAUAUUCCUAAAUCUAAUACUAUUGCUGUUUAUACAGGUCAUUUGAAAGAAUUAUAAGUAAGAAUACAGGUAUAAGCAUUGAUGCUUAAUUUUCAGUUGACUAUGUAUGUUUUUAAACUUUAAUAUGAAAUCCAUUUUAAUAGCCUAAUUUAACUUCGGUGGAAUAUGUUUCUGUUGGCUGGACCAACAAAAUGUGUAUUUAUACACUUUAAGUUAAGAUAUGACUUUUUCUAAUUUGUAGCUAUCUAUGUUUAUGUUUCAAUAAAAUGGUCAAUCAAAA